AUCAGCCGCCAUUUUUAUACAAAAUACCUCCAAGGGAAACGAAGGUGAAGACAAGCUUAGAAAUCGGCGAAAAUGUGACCUCAGCCAGCCCCCUGGAGUGUGCCUGUGAUGGGGACAUUGAAACUCCAAGCUGUCACAGCAGUAUUGCUUCUGCCUCCUGGUUAUUUCUGGUUGUCAUAGCAUCAUCAUCAUCAUCAUCAUUCCUUCACCAUGACAGAAAAAGUUCUGAUCCAGAAACGUGAAUCCACUGUGUCUGGAUACAGCACAGCCACAGAAAAUAAUGACGAGAAUGACAAUCCGGCAGCGCCUGUAAGAAAAGUGACCCCAUAUGAGAGGUUAUCCCACGACCUUGUGAAUGACCAACGUUGUAUUAAAGAAGUUACUCUAGGAAAAAGGAUUGGAUUCUAUAGAAUACGUGGAGAACUUGGGAGUGGGAAUUUCUCACAAGUCAAAAUGGCUAUACACUCUCUUACAAAAGAAAAAGUAGCAGUCAAAAUAUUAGACAAGACCAAGCUUGACCAGAAAACCCAGCGCCUUCUCUCGCGGGAGAUCUCCAGUAUGGAGCGUCUCCACCACCCCAAUAUCAUCCGUCUGUAUGAGGUCCUGGAGACUCUGGCCAAACUCCACAUUGUGAUGGAGUAUGCCAAUGGAGGGGAGCUGUUUACCAAGAUCACAACAGAAGGAAAGCUUCCAGAGAGUGAGGCACGUUCUAUAUUUGCUCAAGUCCAUGCCGCUGUGGAACAUAUGCAUGACAACCAUAUCAUUCAUCGGGAUCUCAAGGCAGAAAAUGUGUUUUAUGCCGGCCCCAACCUGGUCAAAGUGGGGGACUUUGGCUUCAGUACUUUCAGCCGUCCAGAUAACUGCCUGAAUACAUUUUGUGGUUCCCCCCCUUAUGCAGCCCCCGAGCUGUUUAAAGAUGAACACUAUAUAGGAGUGUAUGUAGAUAUUUGGGCUAUUGGAAUAUUACUGUAUUUUAUGGUCACAGGGAUUAUGCCAUUCCGUGCAGACACUGUGGCCAAGUUAAAGAGAUGCAUUUUAGAAGGAAAUUUUAUCAUUCCAAGUUUUAUCAGCAGUGAUUGCCAGAAGGUGAUUCAGGGAAUAUUGAGACAAAAUCCAAAGGAGAGAUUGACAAUACGGGAGCUUCAGCAGUGUGAUUGGCUAAAAGGGGAGGAGUUCCCUCCGGCGCUGGAACGCUAUGAACUUUAUCCCAGUCCUCAGAAGGAAGGCCUGAAUGAGGAAGAGAAGGAGGCUAGAAAAGUUCUAUCUGACCUAGGAAUAGGAGAAGACAUGUUUAAGCAGAUGGAGAACAAAGACUCAAAAAAUAGUAUAACAGGGACCUAUAGAAUAGUGCUCCAUCGAAUUCACAAACGAAAUUCCAAUGAAUCAAACUAUGAUGGCAACAGGAGUAGGAAUAACAGCACAGUUGCAAUAGGCAAAGAGAACAUGGGGCAGGGACAGAGGACCAGAGUUUGCAGUAUAUUGUAGCAGAACUUGGCAAUACAUGGGCGGAAUACAUUGUAUAUAUCUAGUCAGGGGGAACAGUCUCUGUCAUCUCUGCACACAGUAUCCCGCACUUUACUAGAACCACCUAAUGAAUAACGUGUUUAAACUUGAAUAUAGGUUUGAUGUGAAAAUAAAGCCAACAGAAUGUUUUAAUCAUCAAAAGUACUUAAUAGCACUUUUGUUACUAACCAUUUCAACAAGUCCCCAACAUCCCAAUUUUGGCACUUACUUUAUGCAUCCUUAAUAAUUUUUUGAAGCAUAAAAACUAAGUGAGCAAGAGCACACGGAAAGUGUUUGUUGUGUUGACCAAUAUUUAAUUAUUGAAUUUUAAAGUGACUAAGUGUAGGAUAUCAGACACACAUUAACUCCAUAAACCACUUCUAGUUGAGCUAGGCUGAUGACAAGUAGCACAUUUUGAUCAUAUGUUAAGAGAUAAAUACCAUGAAUUAAUGUUACCAAAUGAAAUCAAAUAUACCCCCAUCUGAUGAUUUAAAUGAUGUGUUUUGUGAUGUCUUUGCCCUCAUUGUCACUGCAUGUCUUAUAUUGAGAGAAUGUUAUAAUGUAUGCCAUCAAAAGUUGGAUCACAAAUUAUUUUGAAACUACUAGAAAAAAUCUUUUGGAGUGUGUUUGAAUAUAGAAAUGGUUUAACAUAAGGAUAGAGUAGAUUUGAGUUAACAUAGAAUAAAUGGCAUACUUAUUUGUAUGUAGUUGAGCACUAGGCUCAUAUUCGUCAUACAGGAUCUUCAUCCCCAAAGCAAUAUUGAAAGAUACGUUGAGUAUUUGUGAUAAGUAAGAUGUUGUAUGUGCCAAAUAACUGUUGUAUCCAGUACCUAAGACUGAAGAGACCCAAGUAUGGUAUUGAAUAUGGAAAUUUUUAGUUUUACCAUGUGUAAAGUGGAGACAAGGGUUGUUUGGUAUAAAACUCCCUUUAGCUUUUAAGGUUUCAAAUCCAGUGCAAGUCUUAUUCAUUAGACCCACUGACUGCACGUUAAUGAGCCUUAUUAAUGUAAUCAAACUUAUUUGAGAUUUUCUCCGAGUGAAUGUCAAUCAUUUAAUAAGUCACUAUGGCUAUAUAUUACAGCUGAUAUCAUAUUAUGUUUUCUUCAUUUGUAGCAAGAUGAUCUCUUUUUCUCUUAAAUGUAUGCCAUAUGUUUUAUACCUGAAUUUGCAGCACACAGUUCAUGCAAAAUACUUUUUCUGUAGCAGUUGACAGUAUUCUUCAAAAACGAGAAUAUUUUCAAUUCGUGAACUUGAAGAAAUGAAGGCAUUUUUAACAAAGACAAAAUGCCAAGUUUUAACGGCACGUAGGAGAUACCUGUGACAAAGAAAACUAAAAAAAGAAGUGAAGAAAAUUAUUUUUACGACAGAGAAGUGAUGGCUUGUCUCUGAAAGUUUAACUUAUAUAUAUAUAUGCAAUACUGCUGAUUCAGGGUAACAAGAAUGUUGCUGUUCUUGUAUGAGCAAAUGGGAUAAUGUUCCAUGGCAAACAUGGGUAGACCAGUACUUUUUCCUCUUCAUCUCUGACAAGAUUAAUACCUGUAUGGUGCAGCAGGGCCUAAUUCACCUUUUUUACAUUGUACAGUUAAAUGAAGCUUAUUUAUUGGAAAAUAUAGUGUACUGAUUUUCACUUACAAUUUGCCAAAUUAUGGUCCCUGUCUGCCAUUAGUUUCGUGAAUAACAUAUGGUUGCCUGAGUAACAGUAGCUUGCAAUUGGAUUGCACACAGGAUAAUUAAGAUUUCUCCAAUUAAAUUUUGUCUUAUCUAUUAUAGUUUCAUUAUGAGUUUAACUGUCUUGAAAACCAGAGUAACUGAUGACCAUUUUGUCUUGGUGUGUAAUGUAUUAUAUGUCCAUUUCCUUUAUCAGUAAUCAUGGUGAUUCACAGGCAAAUGGCACCCUUUUCAGAGGUUAUCAGACAAGCUGGUGAAUUCUCACGGUGAGCUUUAUCUUAUUGAACUCCUUCAAAACAAAUGAAAAGAUCUGAUUAUAUGUACACAAGAUAUUACUGUCAGGAGGAAAUGAAACUGGGAGUUGCUUUGAAAAAUGUGUAUGAAUUACAUGGAAACCCAAAGAAAUGUAGUCCACUACACUACACUACACGAAGGGAAAUUUGACUUUUUUCUGUCAUUUUCAUUUCCAUGCAAUGUGCACUCUGUUACAUGAUUUUCCAUUGCAUUGUAUAAAAAUUUGCCCGCUAAGCAACUGUCUCCACUGAUAUUGAUAGUUUGAUUCAUAUUGAAAUCUAAUUAAUAUUAAAUUUUGGCACAGCAAAAAGAUAAAAAAUUAGGAUGGAAAUUAUGCAUAAUAGAAUAUGUCAUUGACAGGAUACACAUCUAUCAGUGUCAGGCAUCUUAACAACUCUUAUGCCAUGCUUUUGUGCUGUUAUGACAUAUUUUUCGAGUAAGCUUGACUCACUUCUUUCAUAUCAGCAUAAUGGUUUAACUUUUCAAAGUUAUGCAGAAUCAUUAGGUGUAUACAUGUCAUUUCACUAGUCCAUAUGCCAACUGGGUGAAGGAAGUAGGAGAAAAUAGGUUGCACCCAAACAGUAUGUGUUAGGCCAUUUGGUUGAUCAUUUCAAUUUAAAAAAUGAAAAUAUAUACCAGGUAAAUGCAUUUCUAUAGAAAAAUAUAACCAUUUUCCAGGUAAAUGCAUUUCUAUAGAAAAAUAUAACCAUUUUCCACGACGUACACUUUAUGUACAAUUCAGUUCUGUUUAUGUAGAAUAACAUUCUUAUUUAUAUAUAAAUAUUUUAUGAUUUUGUUGAAAUACAUAUAUUUAUGUGCCUAAAGUAGAUCAAGGAAGAUUUUGGGUGUAUGUAGACCUCUUCACAUUCACUGUGCAGUAUUUUUUAUAGCGUCAAAUCACUUAAUAUAUUAUAUUUUGUCUGUGCUUUUUAAAAAGGGAAUAAACAUCAAGGUU